CAAACAUUCCUCAGUUCUUCGGAUACGGAUGAUGAACCUAUAAAACAACUGCCAAAAGAAAUUCUUUUACGUAUAUUCUCCUAUUUGGAUGUGGUGUCUUUAUGCAGAUGUGCACAAGUCUGCAAAUAUUGGAAUGUGCUAGCCUUGGAUGGGUCGAGUUGGCAGAAAAUCAAUUUAUUUGAUUUUCAACGUGACAUCGAGGGUCCAGUUAUUGAAAAUAUAUCCCAACGAUGUGGUGGCUUUUUGAAAUUUCUUUCAUUGCGCGGCUGUCAAUCAGUUGUUGAUAAAUCAAUAAGAACAUUAGCAUUUCACUGCCCCAACAUAGAAAACUUGGACUUAUCCGAAUGCAAGAAGAUCACCGAUAUAUCGACACAGUCAAUAAGCAAAAACUGUGCAAGAUUAACAGCAAUCAAUUUGCAAUCGUGCUCUAAUAUAACCGAUGAUAGCUUGAAAUAUAUAUCGGAUGGUUGUCCGAACUUACUUGAAAUCAACAUUUCAUGGUGUCAUUUAAUCUCAGAGAAUGGCGUUGAGGCCUUGGCGCGCGGCUGUAAAAAGCUACGCAAAUUCUGCAGCAAAGGUUGUAAACAGGUCAACGACAAUGCCAUCACCUGCCUGGCCAAAUUCUGUCACGACCUAAUGGUGCUCAAUUUACACAGCUGUGAGUCAGUCACCGAUGCCUCGAUACGACAGAUCGCAGCCAAUUGUCCUAAAAUGCAAAAGCUGUGCGUUUCGAAAUGCGCCGAACUAACUGAUCUCUCACUUAUGGCUCUCUCACAGAACAAUCCGAUGCUGAAUACGCUCGAAGCGUCUGGUUGUCGUAAUUUCACCGAUAUCGGUUUUCAAGCAUUAGGCAAGAAUUGCAAAUAUUUGGAACGUAUGGACUUGGAGGAGUGCAAUCAGAUAACAGAUUUAACGCUGGCGCAUCUGGCUACCGGUUGCCCCAGUUUAGAGAAAUUGACCUUGUCGCAUUGCGAGCUUAUCACUGACGAUGGAAUACGUCAGCUGGCGGCUGGUUGUUGUGCAGCUGAAAGUUUAUCCGUCCUCGAAUUGGAUAAUUGUCCAUUAAUCACCGAUCGUACAUUAGAGCAUUUAGUAUCUUGUCACAAUUUACAAAGAAUCGAGCUAUUCGACUGCCAAAUGAUUUCGAGAGCAGCAAUACGAAAAUUAAAGAAUCAUCUACCAAAUAUUAAGGUACACGCCUAUUUUGCACCAGUAACACCGCCACCAGUCACCACUGGACAUCGCCCACGGUAUUGUCGCUGUUGUGAGAUUCUCUGAGAUUCGGCCAUCGGCUUCGCCAGGAAAUUCUUGUGCAAGGGCCCUACUGACUGAUGUUUGUAUAUAUUUACUAGUACAUUUUUAAUUGUUCUGACGAUCAUAAUGACAUCGCUAACACUCAUGUAUCUCUUCUCGAUGAUUUUUUAUGUUUUUUGAAAAUUAACUAAAAAUAUUAAAGAACAAAUGACAACAUGCAUAAAUAACUACAAAAACAACCACUACUAUAAUCACAAGAAUCACAAUUAAAAAUAGGAAAUAAAGCCAAUGCAAGUGGUGGCAUGAUUUAAUGUUUGCGAAAACUAGCUAAGGCAAUUGCAGUCAACCCAAGCAAAAAAAAAAACAAAGAUUAUGUUUGAAUAAUGCUCUGUAAUUGAAAUUUAUUGUAUAUGCAUAGGCAAAGCUUGUAAUUACGUGAUUGCACUGUAAAAAUAGAGCAGAAAUGUAAACAAACCAAAAAAAUGGAAAUUAAAUGCAAGGCGAAGUGAAAGCAAAAAUUAUUAAACGUAUUCAUGUAAAUUCGAAUUGAUUGAGACAAAUUCACUGAGUUUUUAAGUCAAAUGGACUUUAUAAGGCAAAGGAACGCGAUCUAUGUUAUAUUGUACGAAUAAAAGGUUUUGUUUUAACGAAAUUCUAAAAUCAAAAUAUAAUGCACAAAGCAAAAUUGAGAAUUAUAAAAGACUAAACGUUUAAAGCGAAAGAAAAAAAGAAGAAAAAAUAAGUAAUUAAUUUAUUGAAAUUCAAAAAAAAAAAAUCACUUAACUGCAGAAAAAUCAAUAAAAGAAGAAAAGUAAAUUUACAAAAGAAUUCGCGUAAGACGCUUUGCAAUUUUACAAAAUUUUCGCCGAUUUUUGUGUUUCGCGCACGCAUGCCGUAAAGUGAGUAUUAAGAAAAAAAAAAAACAUUAGCAAUACAGUUUGAGAAUUGAGAAGUGAACUGCGAAUUGGUAGAGUGGUUGAGGAGAAGGAAAAUGUUUGUAAUUGUAUUCGAUUGUGACUGUAUUUAGACAUGCAUAUCGUUACCUUAAUAGAGAAAGGCCCUAACUCAUACAGUCGUUGAAGUGCAAAAAA